AAUCGUGUCGCUAUCGGUGGCUUCAAGGGAAACACCCUGAGCCGCCGUGCCAGGAUUCUCAUUUUCAAUUCAACCAGCUGUCCUCUCCUCAUGUACCCUCGCCAGGAAAGCUCACCUUGCGCGCAUCACAAAAGCCCAGGCAGAGCCCAGAUGGCCGUUGGGCAAUAACAGUAGUUUCUGUCCUGGCUGGAAUUGAGGCCAGAUUCCUCCGAGGAAGAAAAAAAAGGAAUUCCCAACAAGACCUGCAGAUACAAAAGACACCGUUGGCUGCUUCGCACACAAAAAGAAGCUGGGUUAGAUUAUAUCUCUCUUCACCCUCCCUCUCAGGAUACCAUCAAACCCAUAACCUAUCCCUCUCACUCUCGACAAGCUUUGGACAGCUGGCCUACCACCCUUCCGCCGGCGAGCAUCUCGCCUUUCCGUCCAUCUCUCCCCCUCCCCCCCUCACGCCCAAGAUGCUACACACGUUCUCUUUUCGAUCAAUACUACUUUUCGCAGUCUUCCUCUGCUCUACAAAUGUCCUCGCCAUAUCUGCCGUCCUCGGUAUCGAUCUUGGCACCGAGUACAUCAAAGCGACCCUCGUUAAGCCCGGCAUCCCGCUCGAGAUCGUCCUGACUAAGGAUUCGCGACGAAAGGAAACCUCUGCUGUCGCCUUCAAACCCGCGCAGCAUGCCCUCAAGAGCGGCGAGUACCCCGAGAGGGCCUACGGCUCAGAUGCCGUGGCCCUGGCGGCUCGAUUCCCUGGCGACGUAUAUCCCAACCUCAAGACCCUCCUCGGCCUUCCCACCGAUGACGCCAUCGUCAAAGAGUAUGCCGCGCGACACCCGGACCUUCAGCUCGAAGCCCACAAGACCCGCGGUACUGUCGCGUUCAAGAGCAAGGCUACUGCCAACGAGGGCGCGUGGAUGAUCGAGGAACUGCUGGCCAUGGAGCUCCAGAGUGUGCAGCGCAACGCCGAAGCUCUGGCUGGCCCAGACAAUAGCGUUCGGUCUGUCGUCAUCACCGUCUCGCCGUUCUUUACCGUCGAGGAGAAACGCGCCGUGGAGUUGGCUGCAGAGCUUGCCGGCCUCAAGGUUCUCUCGCUGAUUAGUGACGGCCUCGCCGUCGGGCUGAACUACGCCACGAGCCGGACGUUUCCUACCGUUAACGAAGGGGGUAAGCCGGAACACCACAUGGUAUUUGACAUGGGCGCUGGCUCCACCAAGGCAACCAUCCUGAGGUUCCAGGGCCGGACGGUUAAGGACAUUGGCAAGUUGAACAAGACUGUCCAAGAAGUCCACGUUCUCGGAACCGGCUGGGAUAGGACUCUUGGUGGCGACGCUCUCAACUACCUAAUCGUCGACGACAUGGUCUCCAAGUUCAUCGAGACGCCUGCUGCAAAGAAAGCCUUGGUGACAGCAGAGGGAAUCCAGCGACACGGCCGGGCUGUGGCGAAGCUUCUCAAGGACGCAGAAAAGCUGAGGCACGUGCUUAGCGCCAACGCCGAGACGGGUUCGAGUUUCGAGGAUCUCUACAACGAGAUCGACUUCAAGUAUAGGAUCACCCGCGCAGAAUUUGAGAAGCUAGCUGAGGCGCAUGCCGUGAGGGUUGGUGCCGUCGUUCAGAAGGCCUUAGAUGUAGCAGAGCUCGAUAUAAAGCAACUCGACUCCAUCAUCCUUCACGGAGGCUCUUCACGGACGCCUUUUGUCCAGAAGCGGCUAGAGAAGAUCGCUGGGGACGAAAAAGUCCGCGGAACGGUCAACUCGGACGAGGCGGCCGUGUUUGGCGCCGCCUUCCGGGCAGCGGAGCUUAGCCCUAGUUUCCGAGUUAAGGAGAUCAGAAUUGCCGACGGGGCCUACUACGCCGCCGGAAUGAAGUGGACCAACCCCCAGGACAAGCCCCAGCAACAGCGACUCUGGACCGAGCGAUCCCACCUCGGUGCUCCCCCAAAGGAGGUUACUUUCACGAACCACGAGGACUUCUCUGUCCGCUUCUAUCAGCAGGUGCCCUCAACGGAAGGCGAGUCUGUGGACCGCGAGACCACGAUCUUGACAACGAAGAAUCUGACUGCCACUGUUGCAUCUCUCGUCGAGAAAGGCUGCUCUCAGUCAGACAUCCACUUCAAGGUCAAACUGCGGCUCAGCGCCGACAACGGCGAAGUAGAGGUUGACAAAGCAUCCGUCGAAUGUGAAGCCGAGGUACAGGAGAAGGAAGGUUCAGUGAUCGAUGGUGUCAAGAAUCUCUUCGGGUUUGGGAAGAAUAAGGACCAGCAGCCUUUGAAGGACGGUGCGGAGAGUGCCGACGACGCGGCCUCCGAGAGCGCCUCAGCUUCGGAGUCAGCCGAAACUACAUCGAGCUCGUCCACAACAGAGUCUAGCGCCGCUUCGACGGAUUCAUCUUCGACAUCUACGGAAUCGCCGGAGAGCAGCCCCGCCCCGAAGAAGAAGCAGCUGGUUGUGAUCCCAGUCAAAUACACCGUGGAGAAAUCCGGCGUGCCAGAUCUACCAAAAGCCGAAAUCACCAAGGCAAAGGAUCGUAUUAAGGCAUUUGAAGCAUCCGACCGAUCCCGGCGUCUGAGAGAAGAGGCCCUAAACCAGCUUGAAGCCUUCACCUACAAGGUUCGGGAUCUGCUAGACACAGAAUCUUUCGUAGCCGCCUCUACCUCGGAGGAACGGGCUAAACUAGAGAAGAAAUCCAGCGAAGCUAGCGAAUGGCUCUACGACGACGGGGCUGAUGCCUCUCGCGAGGAGCUGAAGUCCCGACUCAAGGGACUGAAGAGUUUGGUUUCGCCUGUCGAGAAGAGAAUCGAGGAGGCGGAAAAGAGGCCAGAACUAGUCAAGACGCUGAAGACGUUGCUGGACCAGACAGGCACUUUCAUCGAUACUAUCAAGGGGAAGAUCGCCGAAGCCGAAGGAUAUCUAUCUUCUCUUAGCGCCAGCACUACCUCGACAAGUGAAGCGAGCUCAACCGUCACUGAAGCCCCUUCGCGGGACGGUGAUGAGUUUGACGGCCUCGAGGACGAUGAGACCACAACAUCGACCACCACGGCCACCGUGGAGGACCGUGGCCCUGUGCCACCCCUAUAUACCCUGGACGACCUCAAGGAGAUUACAGAGCUAUCCGAUUCGAUAUUGGGGUGGCUAGAGACGAAGCUCGCUGAGCAGGAGAAGCUUCCCGAGACGGCUAACCCAGUCCUUCUGGCCAAGGAUCUCGAAGAGAAGACCAACAAGCUCGAGAAGGCGGGCAUGGACCUGGCGAUGAAGAGCGUCAAGAACUUCGAGAAGAGCAAGAAGAAGAGCAGCAGCCCGAAGAAGAGCAAGGCGAAGGCGAAGAACUCUUCGACCAAGACGGGCAGCGACGGCUCGGAGCCGACGAUAGAUCUAAAGGAAGGUAAGAACUACUUCAAGAUCGGGGAGGACGGCAAGAGCCUGACGGUGGAGGAGAUCGAGGAGAUGAUCAAGAAGAUGACGGAGGAGCAGAAAGACAAGGAGGGGGGCCAGAAGAAGCACGAUGAGCUGUAGAGCUGUAGAGCUGUACCGUACGGCUGCAGGUAGAGAUAAUUGACGAAUGGAAUGAUCCAUUCGGUGAUACCGUUCGUGCUCUGUGCCUGUUCAUUCACGGGCCCUUUCCAGCUACUAACACCGACCGCGCCGCGGCGCGACUAGCCUAGAGGGAAAUAGAUGUAUCAUAUAUCGAUGUUUCGUCGCG